GCCAACAGCCAGUUGACAUUCAGCCACAGAAGCUGACGCAUGUACUAUUCGAGAUUGUUUUUCGUCAUUUCACGUCUGUUAUGUUGUGAUGUAAAUAUGGUGUGAAAAAUGAUUUUCUUAAUAUAGGCAGUGCUCGAGAACUACUCAGUGUGUGGAUUUGUGGACGAAAUAUGCCAAGAAAUCAAUAUGACAUGGCCUGGAUACUUCGCUGCAUUCUUUGGGUUUCAUUGUUUCAGCUACCUGUGCACACCACUGCGGUAGCGGAGAGCAGGUCCGUACGGGAGGGAGAGAGAGCCGCCAACCAUAAGGCCAACGGUUCGUACAAAAUACUGAAUAGACUUGUGAAGCCUUUUGUCAGUAAACGAGUAGAUGACAAAGUCGUGUUCCCCGGAGAGUACGAGAGGGUGGGCACGUACGAAAAGCCUGUGAUACCUGAACAGUGCCAGGAGAUAGGCAUUUGCGAUGACAUACCCAACUACCCCGAAGACCUUGUUUCGGAUUUACUUCGUGAUCUCAUGAGACAGAACAGAACGAGGUUCAACAAGGAUAAAAUAUUGGAGGUGCCGCUAAUAACGCAGAGGAUUGGACCUGAACUCGACGUCAUCGAACUAUGCGAAACAGAAGAGAGGAUCUAUGCACCGCGAGCAGCGCAAGACAGAAACAAGGAGUGGCAAGUUAUACUCAAUGAUAGGAAACAGCCACAGCAAACGUUCCGAGUGGAAAUAUGCAAGACCAAAGAAUCGCCGUGCUCAGCGAUAGCGUAUUUCCAAAACGGAUACGUUGCAAAAUGUGUCCAAAAAUAUAUGUUAAGAAAUAUGUUAGCUGUUAAUGAUAGGAAGGAGGUGGUCGAGAUGCCGUUCCAAGUCCCCAGUUGUUGUUCCUGCGUCGCCAGACAGACGUGAUGCUGGCAAUAGCGGGAUCCGGCUCGAAGGACCAAUUGUAUCAUAUUGUAUUAUAAUAAAUUAUGUUAUAGAA